AUGAGUAUUGUCCAAGAGACUGAACCUGCGCAUCUCUGGCGCGAGAUUGCGGUUGGCACUUGGUCGCGAGUCUGUCUUGGCGAGGAGCAAACUGCUUCGUACAUGCAGAAUAUCCGCGAUGGCCACACAGAACUCACCAUCGAAGUGCCAUUUACUUGCAACAUACCAUCUGUACCGGAGCUCAUCAACCGUGCGAGAAACGCCUGGCUAGUAUGCCAUUCGCGGUUUCCUCAGGGAGCUAUCGAGAUCUCGACUGGCACAGAGCUUCCGCAGACGCUGACCUACCCGGUGCUUCGCUCCGACCAUGAUGCAGCUGUCUGGAUGCAGGACACGUUUGUUGUCGUCGCAGACCAGAGCUCUGGAGAGGUGGCAAAGCAUACCUACAGCCGUCGCCUGACUACCAAGGGCAAACGCAGCAUGCUGUAUCUUGUCAUUGAUCCGUCAGCAGCAGGCCUGCAUGCGCUCGUGUGGAAUGUCAGCCAUGUUGUUUCCGACGCAUUCAGCAUCCCGAUCUUCAUGAAUGAAAUCUUGGAUCAAAUGACAAAGGUUCCCGGAGACGUUUUGCUCUCUGUCAAGGACGUCGAUUUUCGUGGUGUCGUGGAUCGACUACCUAUUCAUCCUGCGGUCCUCUACGAGGCUCGUUAUCGUCCAAAUGCCGAGCAAAGAGAACAAGCCAUGGCCGAAAUACUCGCGCAAGAGUAUCUAUACAAGUCUCACAUUGGAGAGUCCAUCAAGAUGUACCCCAGAUCCGACAAUGAGGCUCGCCAGCAUGAGACGCAUUGCUUGACCUUGCAAUUCUCUUUGGAAAAGUCUCGAAAUCUGCUAGCCGAGCUUCGUCGCGAGAAAUUGAGCAUCACGUAUGCAGCUGCGGCGGCUACGCUUCUCGCCGUCCACUCAACCUACGCCCAGGGUCGGGAAAAGGGCGCUCUGCUGGGCAUGACGCGCAACGCCCGGCGAUGGGUAGACACGGACAAGGCCUGUGCUAGCGCAUCCAGCGCCAUCUUCCUCUGGAUUCCAUUCGAGAAACGCUGGCUGCAGGGCUCGACACGAGACAGGGUGCUCGCCAUCGGGCGAGUCAUCCGAGAGCAGCUGCAGCCGUACCUGGCAUCGCCUCACCACCUGUCCUUGCCCAGCUUGUCGUUUGCGUCGCAGCGGUCCAUUAACGGGAUGCAUGCUACAGAGGCAAGUAACCCGCCUGCCACGCCCUGUCCUCCGGGCUUCUCCCCGCAGGGUAUUAUUGGCCUGAAGCGGGCUUUUGACUCGAAUGGCGUUCACAUUGAGGCGCACAAUCUUCGUCACACUGGGAGGCAAAUUAACGAGUCUCCCUGGGUUGGUCUAUUUUCUCUUUGGGAUCGCCUCACUUUGUCUCUGGGCUUUGAUUCCAAGUACCACGACCCUGCCACAAUGUCCAAGCUGAUGGCGGAUGUUCAGUACAACCUUGGCUCAGUCGCACGCACGUCGGCGAAGCUGUAG